ACGCUAAUCGCCAACAGUCGAACCUCGUCAUUACUGCAAAUUUGAUGGCAACGGUGGAAUCCAAGAGAACAUGGACGAUUUAACCUCCACUUCGUGGAUAAUCUGCAGCAGUAUUCAUACAACUGCAUUUUGAGAUGGACAAAAGCGAUUCUCGCGCCAAUCGGGCUUACGGUAUGUUUCAACCUGUUGUCUGGUCGAUUUCUACCAACCACGGCGGUAAUACGAAGCAGUGUUGGCCGUUGCUUUGAACAUUAACUUUAGCUUCUCGGGCGAACUACUGAACAGCAAAGGCCCAAUGGAGCAGGAGACCAUCGCACAACAUCAACAGCUAACGACACCAGCAGAAACUUUAGUGUGUGAUUUAACGAAGUGUAUUGGAAAAGAAACAGCAAACGAAGCUGCAAUACCUCAACCUGCUGAAAGCGAGGUUUCGUCGUCGAGAUACUCGACAGCUUCAUCUAAACAGCCUUCGAUGACUGAUGUGUUUGAUAACAUCCGUUGCCCGAACACAUUCGACGAUAACUCGCAGAUCGACAAAUAUUUCGAUUCGCAUAACUCCACACCUUCCCCGAAACUUCGUCGCUCGAAAAGGAUUGCUAAAAAAGAGAGCGGAGUUGAGGCCUUACAAUUGACAAAGGCACAAGCCAAAUCUGAUCUACAAAACAAGGAUUCGACAACAUUAAAAACUCCGUUAAAAGAAAAAGAUACAGUAAAUGAUGUCGGUGGAAAAAAAAAGGCCCCAAAGCCAUUGGGUGAUUUACUAUUAAAGCGGACAUCUACUCCUGGUCCUGUGCGCGAUCGGUCGCUUUUAAAGAUGGCACUGGGAAAUGCCGCGCGCAAACUUGACACUGCUAGUACAGGUAAACAACGGCCGUCAGCACUGGGCCUUAGACGUAGAGUCGGCCCUCGUACUUCAACACCCAAACAGUCAACACGAAUUAUCCAGACCAGUAAAGCGAAUCUUAUCAAGAAAGGCCAAGACAAAACCCCACUCGUUAUCGCCGAAGAAGCAGGGGUUUCACCAAAGAAACCGAACAUCAGAACGACGAAAACUGCACGGCCAACUGUUAUUCAUACUACGUCUAUCAGGCCUCAAGGGGAUCGAGAACAAGUUAAAAAAACCAUUGUUGUUUUAAAACCAAAUGCACUCAUUCCUCGCAGAAGUGUGGGACUACAAAAUGCCGGCCCGGCGGCCACAGUUAGAUCGAGGAGAACGCAGCCAGCGACAAACGUCAACAAUAAAGUGACUACUGUUGCAACAUCAAAGCCUCCGAUUUCUCGAAACGACCCGCCGAAAGCGAUGACGCAGAGCAUCUCUCAGAGAAUGGCACCACGAAAAAGUCAAGAACCUCGAAAAAGUCUCAAGUCUAUCGUCAGAAGCCGUGAAAGCACGUCCAGCAGAACGAAGGCAAGUGCGGUUCGUGGCGUGGCUAAAACGGUUGCAUCGUUACGGGGAAAGACUUCAUUGAAAAAGGAAAACAUCGAGCUCAUUCCACACAGGCCUGCCCGAUCUGAGUCCAUCGCAUGCAAGCCUGCCCGAGUUACACGGAACUACAAACAUGUCCUGAGCAAAGUUGCUCAGAUGAUUAACAGCGGGCCGGCGGCGCCAUCCGCCCCAAAAUUAAAGGAUCUGAAAAGCGCGGUUCAAACAACGGCAAGUGCAAAGCCGCCCCGAAAGCCGCUCCACGACAAACCGUUCCUACCGGCCGGCAAAGUUCAUCAUGAGACCACAUUUAACGUCACUAGCGGCAAUCUCACGAUUGCCGGACAGACUAUGGCGCAAUUCGUCAAAAAUUUUCACUACCAAACGCCGCCUAGAUAUCGAACAUUGAAACCAGGGGAGAACUUCACAACAACUUGCGACAACCGCAAUCCGAUCGGAGCCAACCCCACCAUUCCGAAGGCGCCGAAAUUUGCAACCAAUGCCCGUUUAAGGAAGACGAUAGUGAAGAAAUGAGAGUAGCAGCUACUAAAGUUAAUCGCCUCCAAAUUGAGGUCCCUUCGAGGAAACAUUUCGCUUUUGGUUGCACGACCCCAUGCAAGCCAACAUCGCUCCACCCCCCCUGACUGCAAAUAGUGCAGUUACCGGAAUAUAUGCUGUUGUAUAUAUACUGUACAGUUAGUACUACUGACUUCUUUGUAUGUUGAACGAUAUCAAGUGAACGUGAGGAGUGAUUUCGAACUGCUUUGUAUAUUGAAAGGUAAACGGAUCCAGCAAUAAUUCAAAUAUACGAAUAAGUGGAAGACGACAGAUGCAAUGAUUUAGUUGGGACCAUUUUCCAAUUGACGAACCCGUGAAGUUCCCUGCUUUGUUAUUGGCUAUAAGACGACUUUUACUUACGUUGUGUUAUAGAUUAAUGGAUAUCUAUGCAAAACAGAAACCGUUGUUUAAAGGCAGUUCGAGUUUUGCUCGUAUUGUGUGGUCUUCUUCGGCGGUUACUAAAUAUACUGGCGAAGAAUAGAAUGUAAAGUUCAUUGUACACAUGAGCUUAAAACGUAAUUGUAGUAUCGUCUUCGCGAGCAGUUAUGAACAUGGGAAUGCCAAUGUGACUAAACAUAUAAUGAUUUUAGAAAAAGGAGGGUAAUCUUCCAUGGCAUCAGAGCUAGCUGAAAUGAACGUGUUAUCUGGUGUGCCUCUAAACGUAUUGGUAUCAACCGACGAAACAGAAAUAAAACAAAUAUAUCGUAUAUACUGAAGUCAUAUAAUAGUUCAUUCUACUUUGAUUGUUUAUGGUUUGUUUUAAUAGAAAACAUUUGUAGAAACAAUGUCGUUAGAAAACCUAUUGGAACACUAGCGCGCCGAAUACCGAUUGAAAACGGUAUGGUUUUAUUCGAU